ACUGUGAGAUGGGCUGGAUAUCGCACUAUUAGGCCCAUCAAUGAAAUCUUGCCAGGUUUCACCCAUGGGCCUUCCACAUUUUCUAUUAUUUAUUUUUUUAGGCCUAAUCCUUCUUCCCUACCGCCUCGCCGUCGCCGCUCGCCACCGGCGCCGGAGCCGGCCGCUGGAUCCGCCAAACCACCGGCGCCAGAGCCUCGGCGGCCUCGCUUCCUAUCUUCCUCCUCCCAUGGCUCCACUGGAUUCCGGCGGCGUCACCGCCUCAUCGCCCCUCCCCCCCGAUCCCCAAAGCCACCCGUCGAAUCGAGUCCGAAUAGUAUGAGCAGCUGCGGCCUCGGUGCGAUUCCGGUUCGGAUUCCAGCUGCGGCCCGCGGCGGAUGCUAUCUAGUCGCGGCCGCGGGGACGCCAUUGCGAUCUCAGGGCAUCAGAUGCGCGCGCCAAACCCCACGCCGCCGCGCGACUCCGCCAUGGCUAGGAGGAGGAAAGGUUCGUCCUAUCGCCGCCGCCGCCGCCGCCGCCGGCGGGCGCCCGCGGCUUGCGGCGACAACCGCAUCGACGACCUGACGGACGAUCUGCUGCUGAUCAUCCUGCGGAGGCUCGACACCCGCUCCGCGCUCGCCACCGCGGCGCUCUCCAGGCGCUGGUCCGGCCUCGCGCGCGCGGGCCUCGAGGCUCUCGAUUUCAUGGUCGGCGACAUCCUCCCGCCGCGCUACCACCGGUGCAUCCAGCUCCACGAGUCCGCCAGUGGUGUGUUCGAUGGCGCCGACGAGCUCAGAACCAUCGUUGCUAGCAUCAGGCGGCACGAGCGCCUCGCCAUGCGAAACAUGGUCGCCUCCAUCAACAACUUCCUCGACGCCGAUGAUGGUUUUGCCCAUGGCGACGGCGGCGGCGGAGCUCCACGGAGGAGGAUCAGUAGGCUGCGGGUGGAGUUCAUCGCCACACACUACCACGACUGCAUCAACCGCUUGGUCGCCAAGGCUGUUGAUACUUGGGGAGUUGAGGAUCUAGAGGUUCUUGGUAGGACAACGUAUUGGCGGCAUCAUUUUCAGGAUGCCCACAUCUUCCGUCGCCAUGGUCUCUGCAAUGACCCGCACAGAUCCCGUUUGCGAAGCCUGAAGCUGGUGGACUGUGUGAUUCCCCCAUUGCAGGGGUUCCAAGCUCUCACCAAGCUGGUCCUGCAAGACUUGCGGGACUCCACACCCGCGGCAGCCUACGAAGCAGUGUGUUCAGCUCAUGCCUACAGUUGCAAGAGGUGCACCUCAAGUCCUGCCCCUGCAAGCGCGGCAGUAGUGUUUUCGUUGAUGCCCCCAGGUCAAUGAUCAGGCAGCUUGUUCUGGAGUGUUGUGGCGUCCCUGGGUUUGAGCUGCACGCUCUGCCAAUGCUUGAGAGUAUAGUUGUCAUGCAGACCUGGGUACGGUACAAGCUUGGAUCCUUCCCGCGCCUCGUGCGCCUGAACCUCAAACGCGAUGGUCUCAGGCAUAAACUUAACUUUUGCUUGCCUGCGAACUUGGAUCUCAAGCCGCAUCUUGGAUUCACUCCAGACAUAACUGACCAGGUUAUACGAUUCACCGGAUAUGAAAGAUGGUUUCGGCCUUCGUGCCCUUCGUUGCUGUUACCAAAGCUUACCAGGCUUCUGAUUGCCGAUGUGCCUUCAUCAUGGGAUAUCUCUUGGCCCCGACUCCUCCUAGAAGCAGCGCCAUGUCUGGAGAGCCUUCAUAUCCAUAUUACCCCUUGGGAAGGAGAGACUUGCAAUGAUAUUUUGUGGCAGCCAUCCAAGUUGCAGCACAAACGGCUAAAGGAGUUGGUGAUCAUUGGUUUUGAAGGAACAGAGAGACAGAUUUACUUUGUUAACUUUGUCAUUGAAGUGUCAAUGGUACUGGAGCUUGUUUCCUUGAGUAUGGCCGUGUUCAGGAAAUAGGUUACUGGGACUGGAACAUUGUGAGGCAACAACACCGUUGGUGUGAUGAGGAGAGAGCAAAAAUACUGGAUCAGCUUGCUGAUAAAAUUUCUUGCUCAGCAACUCCAGUUCAAGUAUUUCUUGAGUGAUCUCUCAUGUUUUGUAUCCAAAGCUUAAGUUAUCAGACCUAGUAACCUCAGGAGGCUUUUGACCGCUGCUGUGUCUUUUUACCAUGGAUGCCUAGAGAGUCUCUUGAAUCCAUAUUGCCCCCUUGAAGUUGGCAUGCUCAGCUAAUAGAGUUGAUGAUAGUAGGAUCUGAGGGAACAGAAAGACUGUUUUAGUUUGUUAAUUUUGUAGUAGAAGUAUCGAUGGUACUGUAGCUUGUUGCUUUGUUAAAAAGUGAGCAUGUAUACAUGGUUCAUAGAGCCUGGGAGAUGACUACUGAUGCAGCAAUACCAGAUUUCUGAUAGAAUUUAGUGCUCAAUUACUCUAAUUCAAGUAGUUUUGGGAAAGCCUUCUCAUCUAUACUUUGUUAGUUACAUGUGAAAGAUGUCGAAAAGCGACUGUAUAUUACAUGCAUGAUGUGGAUAUAGUUUUGCCUUUAAUAAAUUGAAAUGUUGCGACUGAAA